CGUAAAGAGUACGUGUGGCUACAGUGUGUAACAAAAGGGCAGAGCUAACCCGAUUUGAAGUAAAAAGAUACGGAGCGUACGGACCGCUGUGACCGUACGGGUAAUCUGAACACUCGGCGGGUAUAAUUUUGGCUGUUUGUAGUGGGGGAAAGGGAAGCGCGAGCUGGUCGUUGGCCGCCCCCUCAGCCGAGCCGGGGCUGGGGAUCCUCCACUAUAAAACCCAGCUCGUCCCCACCGCACGCUAUCACUAUCUCAUUGCUAUCAGUCAACCACUCCCACUCAAUUGCUUCUAGCACCCUUUUCUUCACAUCAACUAUUCACAAUGCCUAUGCUUUUCAAGAAGGGAGCCUCCUCGGAGAAGCCUCCUCACAUCGCCAACGGCAACGCCUUCCUUGGUGACUGCUUCACCUCCGAGACCGACGCGGACCACCAGAUUACCUCCGGAUUCUACAGACAGGAGGCCGGCACUCCCCUCGUUUACAAGUACGACUACGACGAGAUGAAGGUCAUCCUUGAGGGAAACUUCACCAUGGAGGACGAGACCGGAUACAAGGUCACUGCUGGACCCGGUGACACUUUCUACUUCAAGGCCGGCUGCACCAUCACCUUCACAUCGACUGACUACGGUCUUGCUUUCUUCGUUGGCCGGAGAGUCACCGGCACUGCUUAAAUCAGCAGUCGCCUCAAUCGACGACGGAAACAGCUACGAUAGACUGGACCGUUGAUUUUAACAAUUUAUUUUGACUUCAGUGUAUAUUAAGCAAUAGUUUGAUGGUUUCAAUAAAUAGUUUUUCUAUCUGA